AUGGGUAAACGGUUCUCAGAAUCAGCUCCAAAGAAGGCAGCAGGCCAGCAACGUAAAAGAGAGCAAGCUGCUGCGAAAGACCGUGCACACAGAGAAAAAGUAGAGGCUGCAGAAGCCGCAAAAUGGGACGAAGGUUCGAGGAAACCAAGCUCCAAAAAACUCGUGGAAGAGCAAAAACGGCUGGAAAAGCUGCGGGCAAAGGAGGAGCGAGACGCAUUGCUUGCUGCUGAAGAAGAAUCCCUGGGAAAAGGGGGCAAGGGCAAAAAAUGA